AUACUACGCUUGAUCCACAUUUCGUCAUUGAUAAUGCUGUGUCCAACAUAAUUUGUUCCAUUGUGUUUGGAAGACGCUAUGACUAUGAUGACUCCACCUUCCGAGAGGUGCUUAACCUCAUCCAUGAAAAUAUAAAGAGUUCCACUAGUAUUUGUGCACAGGUAAGAACAUAACGCAGGUUUGUUGGGUGACAAACAGGAUUUCCCAAUUUUGUACAAUAUGUUACAAGUUUUUAUAGUGCAUGCACACAAAAACAAUCUGAUGCUAAGAAUUGAUUUCUCAUCAAGGCAUUUGACCAUCCCCCUCCACCCAGUAACUUUUUUCUUUUUUUAAAUUCUGUUAGACAGUAUUAUGUUUAAGUCUGUUCACUCCAUUAAAAGAUCACUCCGGGCAUCAUAACAACAUCAUCCCAGUGUAGAUUGGACACCAUCUUAUCUUAAAGUUUAAACCGUUUACAAACCACUUCACUCCAAAGUGCUCUCAAUGAUGCCCACCCCGAUGACCCCUCUCCUCAGGCCCCAACUUCAAUGUGGAAGCCUUUCUCUGGGAGCAGAUGAUGGGGUGAGAGCAUCAACUGACAUCCUUAGUAAAUUAGUGACCUUCUAUUGAGAAAAAAUGCACAUUAAGGUAUGUACGAUAACUCACACAGUGAUGAAUAGCACUCUAUGGAUAUUGUUGUAGUGACCAUUUCUAGGUUGUCACUGUGGCUUAAAGUAACCUCUGCACUGGUUUUUGGAGGGGCCUGUUUGCCAGCCUCCUACCUUGUGACUAUGGCCCCUGCAACAGACCUGGCUAAAAUACUUUAAACAGGCUCUGUUCGUGCAAUUGGGACUAUAUGUUUUGUUUACCAAACAGCCGCACGAACCAGAGACCAGCCUGGAGCUUGUUAAGCUUAAUUGAUACAUUGUUGCAAUUUCCACCGCAGUGGUCUUAGUGUUCAUCUGAGUGGCCGCAAUUCCUAUGGACGACCACGAGGUGGCGACCAUCUUGUUCGCAUGGACCAAAACCGCGAAUAGACUUCAGGGAGACUUAGCUGCGAAUGCCGGGGAACUAUUUUCGGCAUAAAGACAUUGCGGGUCCCUGUCGGUCCUUCAGUGGCACUUAGCCGCAAUUCUAUGGAAUUAUUUUCGGCUAUGGGACCAUGCCUGUGGUUGGUCAAAUAAAUGACUUCCAGGAAAUCCCUGAACUGAUCUGGGUGAUUUUUGGAGAUGUUGGUCACCUUAAUCAGGUCUAUCAGGGGAUGUGACAUUUAUGUGUUUUUGGGGUACUUUUGGGGUUUUGUAAAAUAUGUAGUUUUUAUGUCUGGAGAUAAUUAAAUUGAUACAGUAUCUAACUCUAUUAUCUCCCAGACAGAGGGGAGGGAUUAUGUGGGAGUGUCGUGCCUUGUAAACUUAUUGUUAUUGGUCUGUGAAGUUGCAAAUCAGUCCCCCACAAGGUCCCUGUGAGUGUACCCUUUGCAUGGGAGUGUGGCUCCCAUUAAACUGAGAUUCGUUUACCCCUUCAUGGAGUCUUGGCUCAUGUUUGGGGGAUUGGAGAACUACAUUCACUCUGGGGAUUGGUAGAUCACAAUACUCUCCUGCGUAUAAUCACUAGCUCUUAUAAGAGCUGUUCCUGCUACGCUCUCUGGACUAGGAGAGGUCUACCCACUUGAAGCUGGAUCCUGGUCUUGGGUCCUGGGUGGGUGGAGGACAACGAGACCCCAACCAAGCUGUGGCGGUUCGUGGGGUCUACGAUGGUUAUGGUGUUCCAGUACAGUGCUUAUGGUGCUCGCAAGUACUAGGAAGCAGCGCUUAACGGAGGUACCCGGUCAGGGUGCCAGACGGUCUGUCACAGUCACCAACCAGCUUAUUCUGUAACUGGGUGGAAAAAGAAGUUUCCUAAAGUAUGUUGAGAAUAUAUAUAUAUAUAUAUAUAUAUAUAUUUAAAGGGGCACUCCAAGCACCAGAACAACUUCAUCUAAAUUAAGUUGCCAUGGUGCUUGGAGGCACUCUUAUCACAAGAGGUUAAACUGUUUUUGAAGGGUUUAACCCCAAAGUUGCCUCCAGCAGCAGUGUCCACAAUUUGUGUCAUUUUAAAUGCCAAUUUUAUAGGCCAUGUGUCUUGCAGUGGUAGCAUUGUACAAUAGCAUGCCCUAGUUAGUGUGCAUCAUACAUAGGAGGUUAGUGUAGCACCUAAACAGUCGAAGAGUAUAUAAUGACAAGAAGAGAAAAAAAGCAGAAGAAACUAAUCGUGUAGUAUGUAAAACUGAAAUUGGUAUAAAUAUGAUAAAUGGCACUCACACUUUUUUGGAGCUUCAAUGCAGCUCCAACUUAUGCGCCUGGGCGGAGCAAGGGUAGGUAUAAAUAUAAAAUGUAUAUUCACAUGUAGUAAGACUGUAAAUAUGGCUCCGAACUAGCGUAUGAAGUGGUAUGACACACUCAUGGAUAUGGGUGUAGACAAACUUUUUCUGUGGGAGUGUGUGUGUGUGUGUGUGUGUAUAUAAUAAUCAAAAUAAUUUUCCUUGCACUCAGGCUAAACUCUCUUGUGCAAAUGCCGGGUGCCAGUCCUAGGGUUUGCUGAUACAAAACAAAUGAACAUGUGGGCUGCACUCAUGGUCUUCCAUAUAAAGUUUCUUUUAUUCCAUAGAACAAAUCAACAGAUCGAUGUUUCGGUCCUUUCUGGGACCUUUCUCAAGAUCAAAUGGCAUAAAUAUAAAUAAAUAAAACAAAUAAGUGUACACCGUAAAUAUGGAGUGUAAAAUACCAUAAAAAGAUAAAAAAAUCUUACUCCCGUGCUUUAGAGCAAAGUACGGUUUGCUCAAUCCAAUACGCUAUUAUCCCCAAAAAAGGAUGCAGUCUAAAGAUCCUGACACCCCUCCCAGGGUGAGGCAGGCUUUUAUAUCCUGUUAAUUAGGUAUCAGAUUCAGCUGGAGAGUUACUGACAGAUCAGAGCCUUUGGUGAAGUCCAGCCCCCUGGUGCUGCAGGCAAUACAAGAAUAAACAGGAGUUAUCCAAAGUCCUGAAAUGGCUCAGAGGGAAGAUAGCAGGAUACGGUCCAGAAGAACCACAGUUCAAGUCCCCUAUCGGGUGCUUCCGGAGCGACCACGUCUGGCAGACUGGAUGUCACGGCGUGAACCGUGACACUCAACCUCUGUCUGGACUGUCUUGAGGUCGGCCCCCCAGACCUUCCUCAAUUCUGUCAGGAGUCUUUUCAUUUUCCCCUUUAUGGAGGGUGUCUCAUCCUCUUCAGACUCCGAUAAGCCAGAUAAGGCUUACAAUCGAGGAGAGGGCAGAGAUUCUUCUUCCUCUAGUGAAGCUUCAGAUGCCUCGGACAAACAGUGGGCCUCAGGCACCAUCUUGGGUCUCUGUGGGAUCACAGGCGUCUCAAAAGAGGUAUGUAUAUCUAGCUGGGGGGGGUACAGCUGGGUCGUGCGUCUUCUUAUUUUUGUCUUUGCUUGGGGAGUGUCUGUGUCUCGAGCUGUAUCGCUGCGGUAAUCGUGAUUUUCAUCAAGUUUGUUUCUCUGCCUGACUCUUUUUAAUUGGACCUGUUUUUGCUGCUGCUGGAUCUUUGGACUACAUCCUUGGUGGGGAUAAUACCACUUAUGCGUAUUGGAUUGAGCAAACAGUACUUUGCUCUAAAGCAUGUGAGUAGGUUUUUUUUUUAAAUCUUUUUAUUGUAUUCUACACUCCAUAUUUACGGUGUACACUAUUAUGAUUUUAUUUGGUUUUUUUUAUCAUAUACACACUCCCACUGACAAAGUUUGUCUACACCCAUAUCCAUGAGUGGGGAUCAUACCACUUCAUACGCUGAUUUGGAGCCAUAUUAACGACGCCACUACAUGUAAGUGUACAUUUUAUAUUUAUACCUACCCUUGCUCCAUAGUCCGAAUAUAAUACACUAUACUACAAUUUUUAUCUAUUUUAUUUCUAUGAGGAUACCUCCCACUAAUACAAUCAAAAAAAGAAUCAACUCUGCACUUUAUCCUUAGGCAGGGAUCAUUCCACCCAGGCGCAUAAGUUGGAGCUGCAUUGAAGCUCCAAAAAAGUGUGAGUGUGCAUUUUUUUUUUUAAUCAUAUUUAUAACAACUUCAGUUUUACUUAUUUGUCAGGAUUAAAAGUUGAUCCAGCACACAGAACUGUGUCACACCUAGGACUAAUGAUAACGUAUAACCGGACCUUAGAAUGGCCGGACUUAACAUAUCUAAGAAUAGGUCAACAUACUUGCCAAGGUCAGGGACACUGAAUCAGAAACAAAGAUGAGGGAAAGCCAAAAGUCAAGGAUACCAGAAUUCAGGGAAGUCAAAUACCAAAAAAUCAAGAACAGGAACGCACUAUCGGAAUUACCAUCAGGAUGAAACCACGACAGGGCAAUGAGCAAAAGGAAAAUUGGGUUUAAAUACCCCUCCUGUCGAUCCGAUUGUACGUAACCGGCCUUUGACCCCAAAAGCAAUUACCAGGUUUCCAUGUGCAUGAUUGCUGCUCGGCACAACUUUUCCUGUCAGGACGAUAAUGCCGCUCAGCACUAUUUUUCCUGUCAGCACGGUAAAUAUCAUUAACUGCAUUUUUAUGUGCGGAUGAAUACUUGACAAUACUACAUUAUUAGUUUCUUCUGAUCCUUUUCUCUUGUCGUUAUAUAGUCCCUGAUCAGGACUCUUUAGGCGCUCCUGUGUUUUACCCAGCUUUUUAACUGGACAAGAGAGACUCCGUCCUUGGUGUUUGAGAUGCCUUUGGACUGUAAUCUUCUUCACAAGCCCUAAAUUAUAGUUUCUUAUUUUAUAUAGAACAUAGUGAGUCGAUACCGAAAUUUAUAUGCACUAACUUUCAUUGCCGUCCCCCUCCUUCCCCUUUUCUUCUGUGCCCCCCCCUCCUUCCCCUUUUCUUCUGUGCGGCUAUGCAACCUGAAAAAUAAAAAUUGUCAAAUUAAAAAAAAAAAACAUAGUGAGUCGAAAUCUGUGCUUCAUGGGUCCCAGCUCUCCUAUCUGCCUGGAUUUUUUGGGACUGAAGGGACGCUUUGCCACCAAGACAUUAUGGGAUAUUUAAAAAGAACAAUGAAUUAAUAUGUUCCCACCAUAAUUCCUCUGAUCCUUGACAUACCUAUGCUUAUUCUGUAACAAUUGAUGAAAAUGUCCCAUACUAUGGCUUUUGUAAUAAUGAUAUCCCUGUUUUGGACUCCUCUUGUACUGUUCUUUUUCAGCUAUAUAAUGCUUUUAGAUUCGAACAUUAUCUCCCUCUGCCGCACAGGAAGAUUUUACAAAAUGCAGAGAAUGUUUUUGUAUUUCUUGAGAAGAUUUUAGAGGAGCACAAGAGAACAAGAACACCUGGAGAACACAGAGACUACAUUGACUGUUAUCUGGAAGAGCUAGACAAGGUACAUUUUAGGAUUUAGCCCUCUAAAGCCUUGAAUGGUAAAUUUGCCUGUAUACCAUGGAUUCCGUAUCCAUUAAAGCAGGGGUGGGGAACCUUCAGCCCUCCAGAUGUUUUUGGACUACAUCUGCCUUAAUGCUCUUACAGCCAUAAUGCUAGCAAAGUUUUAAGGGAGAUUUAGUCCACAACAUCUGGAGGGCCGAAGGUACCCCACCCCUGCAUUAAAGGGACACUAUAGUCAGUAGAACAACUACAGCUUAUUGUAUUUGUCCUGGUAAGUACAAUUCCCUUCAGUUCCCUUUUUGCAGUAAACACAGUCUUUUCACAGAAAAUGCAGUGUUUACAUUACAGCUUAGGGAUACCUCCACUGGCCACUCCUUACAGGGCUACUAGAGGUGCUUCCUGGGACAGUGCUGCACAGGGUGACUGUCAAUAAUUGAUUCAAUGUAUCUCUAUGAGGAGAUGCUGAUUGGCCAGGGCUGUGUUGGCUUGUACUGGCUCUUUACCUGAUCUGCCUCCUUGACAAACUCAGCCAAUUCUAUGGGAAAGCAUUGUUUUUGGCUCAGAGAAUCACUUCUGAUGAUGUCAGCCAAGCAGGCAGAUCAGGGCAGAGUCAGCAGUUGCAAACGUUAAUGCAAGUACGAUUUUGCUAUAUUUAGGCGGGCAUGGGAGAACAUUGGGGACUAGAUGGGGGUUUUAACACUAUAGGGUCAGGAAUACAUGUUUGUGUUCCUGACCCGAUAGUGCUCAUUUAACUACUGGGGCUCUAAAGAUGUGUUUCCAUGUUGUGUGUGUGUGUGUGUGUGUGUGUGGGUUGUUUUUUUUUUGUUUGUUUUUUAUGCUACCUUUUCUAUUUUCAGUCACACGUUGCACACCACAUUAGCCUGCAAACAUUGGAGAGAAGAAACUGAAGACUAGUAGCCCAUUCAAGGGGGGAAGAAAGGGGAACAUCCAUUUCCCCCUGAACUCCCUCUCUCAGCUACAAGUUUCUUCUCUGUGGCUUAAACUUUGGCCACAAUUAAAGUUUCUUUAACAUUCUCAUAGAAAAUCCGUAUUCAAUUCAACCGAUAUGAUUGUUUUCUUUCUCAUUCUAGUUUUUAAAAAGCAAGCUACCAUGUGACUAACUGUGAUAAGAAUGUUACAGAAAUGUCCUUGCUAGCUUCAGCUCACAGUCAGCAGUUAUAAAGUUAAUAAGUACUCCCAACUCCAUUCUAGAGGCCAUUAUUUCACAUAGGCGUCUUCUCACAUCCUACUCAGGUCUCAGACUAACACAAAGCUGUUCUUACAAGACGCAUGUUUGCCUCAUAACCGUAAUUGCCCUAUGCACCUCUCUAACACCCUAUCGGCCCUUCUCAGACUCUCAUAUUGUCUUAUUAUGGUACAGUUAUUUUAUAUGAUAUAUUGUAUAGGGAUUACUAUUGCACAGCUAUUGAGAUACUGUGUUGACUAGACAGACAUUACUUUUUUAAUGAAUUUGUCAUGGGGUGUUACCUAUUGCUGUUAUAAUUACAGGGAGUGCAGACUUAUUAGGCAAGUUGUAUUUUUGAGGAUUAAUUUUAUUAUUGAACAACAACCAUGUUCUCAAUGAACCCAAAAAACUCAUUAAUAUCAAAGCUGAAUAUUUUUGGAAGUAGUUUUUAGUUUGUUUUUAGUUAUAGCUAUGUUAGGGGGAUAUCUGUGUGUGCAGGUGACUAUUACUGUGCAUAAUUAUUAGGCAACUUAACAAAAAACAAAUAUAUACCCAUUUCAAUUAUUUAUUAUUAUCAGUGAAACCAAUAUAACAUCUCAACAUUCACAAAUAUACAUUUCUGACAUUCAAAAACAAAACAAAAACAAAUCAGUGACCAAUGUAGCCACCUUUCUUUGCAAGGACACUCAAAAGCCUGCCAUCCAUGGAUUCUGUCAGUGUUUUGAUCUGUUCACCAUCAACAUUGCGUGCAGCAGCAACCACAGCCUCCCAGACACUGUUCAGAGAGGUGUACUGUUUUCCCUCCUUGUAAAUCUCACAUUUGAUGAUGGACCACAGGUUCUCAAUGGGGUUCAGAUCAGGUGAACAAGGAGGCCAUGUCAUUAGAUUUUCUUCUUUUAUACCCUUUCUUGCCAGCCACGCUGUGGAGUACUUGGACGCGUGUGAUGGAGCAUUGUCCUGCAUGAAAAU